AUGUCUGCAGACCCACAGGAAGGCUACUACGUGUUCACCAAUCCCUACACGGGAAAGUCGUACUUCAAGAAGAGGCCCGACCAACAACCGGUAAUGCAGAAUUCAGCCACAAUGCCACACCCAGAAGUGAUGGACAAUACAGAGAAUUUUGACUUCAACCAGCUGUUCGACACUGGAGCUUCCAAGAACCGGUGCAAUGUGAAAAGACGACCAACAGUCACGUCAAGUGUGACUGGACGUUCUGGUAAAGUACAGAAAACCGGUAGAGGAUCGAUCCCGCAGAACAUCCAUCUGCAGCAGCAAAACAGCAAUGACACCGAGAAGCCUGACGAUGACGACAUCAGUGGUGGAAGUGGCGACUUCUUUGAGGAAAAGGUAAAGAACAUUAUCGACGACAAGAUUGGAGGUGAUUUGCAGGCUUACACUAGAAACAAGUUCGUUAAGUCCAUUAGAGACCCCAUCACCAAAGCCCAAAAAGAGGGGCUCGAAAGAUUCCGUACUGAUGUGUUGCCGAAGCUGAAUGUGGUAAAUUCUCACGCCCAGGAUGCUGUUUCGAAGACAGUCCAGUUCAGGAUGGAGUACGACAACAACCGUACCCAGGACAGGAGGUUCCAGCAGUUUGUUGUGGAGAAGUUGGGUCAGAUGAAUGGCACUAUCGAGGCAUUAGGCCGCUACAUCCUCACAAAGCUUGGCAGCAAUGACGGAUUGGAUGACAGUAGCCUCAACGCCAUCCUCAACUUCGAUGGCUAUGCUGUCAAUGGAGAGUGA